CCGAGUUGGUCAGUCUUGAUUUAUAUUCCAAGUCAAGUGGACGCGCACGUGUAGUGUUAAACUAAAAAAUGGCAUUUGUUUUGAAUGCAUUAUCAAAAAAAAUGUUUUACACAAAAAACCAAGAAGAGGAUAUUGUAGAAGAAGGAGAAAUUUUAGAAGAUGGUGAAAUAUUUGAAGAGAAUAAUAGUAAUAAAUCGAAGAAGAACUUAGAGAAAUUACAUCAUGAACGAGCAAUUGAUGAAAAUAAUCAGACUAAUGGGAAAAAGGAAUUAAUGCCGAUAAACUCACAGCGAUUAGAUCGUGAAAGAAGAAAUGGUGCAGAUAGUCAUAAUUCUGUGGAAAAGGAAUUAAUGCCGAUAGUAAUUGAAUGGACAACUCCACCUAGCGGACGAAAAGGCGGCGCGACAGCAAGUCGUUGCGACAUGAUAACUCAAGGUAAUACACACAGUGUUUCUCAAAUUAACUAUUCUUGUGAGGAAGAUAUACUGCUGUGA